AUGAAAAUACUAAUUGCGCUAAACUCAUCCUUCACUACCCGACCUCCACCUGGCGGAAUGUCUUACUUGCAUUCUUUGCAAAAUAAUCUUCAAGAACUAGAAGAUAUUCCGCUAGGCAUUAGGCAAAGACUGUGGUUAAUGCAUGACGGUGCUCCAGCUCAAUUUUCUAAUAGUGUCACUGAUUAUUUAAAUGCAACUUAUGGAGACCGGUUGGUCGAAACGGACUUGUCAAAUGGCCACCACGAUCUCCGGAUUUAA